AGGACACGUGUACAGCUCAGAUUAAGCCUCUAAACUAGUAUGUUUGAGGGACUGGGAUCCUAGUUCACUGCAUCCGUCGAAGCCCUCGUAGUUGACCCUUCCCGCCGGCUAUCAUCCGGCCGUUGGAGAGGGUGGGCGAUGAGGAUCGUAGGAUUGACGGGCGGGAUCGCCUCCGGCAAGAGCACCGUCUCCAACCUCUUCAAAUCUCACGGAGUUCCCGUCGUCGACGCCGACCUCGUCGCCCGUGAUGUAGUAAGAAAGGGCACCGGUGGUUGGAAAAAGGUUGUAGCAGCAUUUGGCAAUGAUAUUUUGCUAGAAAAUGGAGAAAUUGACAGAGCAAGUCUAGGUCAAAUUGUUUUUUCUGAUUCAACAAAACGUCAACUUCUCAAUCGUCUACUAGCACCAUAUAUUUCUUCUAGCAUUUUUUGGGAAGUAAUGAAGCUAUGGCUCAAGGGAUCCAAGGUUAUCAUUCUUGACAUCCCAUUGUUGUUUGAGGCUAAGAUGGACAGAUGGACUGCUCCUAUUAUUGUUGUAUGGGUUGAUCCUGAAACUCAGGUACAACGUCUAAUGGCAAGAGAUGGCAUACCUGAAGAACAAGCCAGAAACAAGAUUAAUGCUCAGAUUGCAUUGGACUGGAAGAAGACAAAGGCAGAUAUAGUCAUCAAUAACUCAGGUACAAUUGAAGAAACAAAACUACAGUUUCAGGAGGUCCUGAACCAGGUUACCAGGCCUUUAACAUGGAAGGAACUCGCACUCUCCAGGGAAGGUGUUUUCUGGAUUCUUAUAUCUGCACUUAUAGGUAUUUUAGUGGUACAGAAAAAUUUAAAGUGGUGAUGGGCAUUACCUAUCAGCGAACUUAUCUUAUCAAUCACACUUGCUCAAAAUCAGAGAGAAAUAUUUGUGCAAUUUAUAUUUAAUUUAUUGAACUAGCUUGCUAUAAGCCUUGCAAUUCUGCUUCCUUUAUGAUAUUUUUUAAUGUGAAUCAAAACAUCUUGCACUCUGCUGUACUGCUCAGUCUAAGUAGAGCUGCAUUUUGUUGUUU